CUGUGGACUCUCUCUCUCUAUUUAUAUCACCACCUUCCUUCAUUCUCUUCUCAUUCCAACUCCAAAUCUAUUUUGUCUCUCCAUAUUCUCCCCUCUCUCUCUCUCUCUCUCAUUCUCAUAAACCAAGAUUCUACAAAAAUGGCAGUUCAUGCACUGCUCUUUCUUGGUUUUCUCGCAACGGCGGCGUGCGUUCGCGGCGACGGCGGGGGGUGGACUUCAGCCCAUGCAACAUUCUACGGCGGAAGCGACGCCUCCGGCACAAUGGGUGGCGCGUGCGGGUACGGGAACCUCUACAGCCAGGGGUACGGCACGAACACGGCGGCGCUGAGCACCGCCCUGUUCAACAGCGGCCUCAGCUGCGGCUCCUGCUACGAGAUCCGCUGCGCCGGCGAGAAGCGGUGGUGCCUCCCCGGCACGAUCACGGUGACCGCCACCAACUUCUGCCCGCCGAACAACGCCCUCCCCAACAAUGCCGGCGGCUGGUGCAACCCUCCCCUCCAGCACUUCGACCUCUCGCAGCCCGUCUUCCAGCACAUCGCUCAGUACAAGGCCGGAAUCGUCCCCGUUUCUUACCGGAGGGUGGCCUGCAACAGGAAGGGCGGGAUAAGGUUCACCGUGAACGGCCACUCCUACUUCAACCUCGUGCUCAUCACCAACGUCGGCGGCGCCGGCGACGUCCGCUCCGUCUCGAUCAAGGGCUCCAAAACCGGGUGGCAGGCGAUGUCGAGAAACUGGGGCCAAAACUGGCAGAGCAACUCCUACCUCAACGGGCAGAGCCUCUCCUUCAAGGUGACGACCAGCGACGGCCGCACCGUCGUCUCCAACAACGCGGCGCCGGCGAGCUGGUCGUUCGGCCAGACCUUCGCCGGAGCUCAAUUUUGAAGAGGAAUUUCAAAAAUUACCUAAGUUGUUGUGUUUUUUAUUUUAAAAAUAUAUAUAAAUAUAUAUAUAUAUAUAUAUAGUAUAUGGUCACGAAUAUUAGUAGUGUGACUAGUAGGUUUGGAAUUAGGUUUGGAAUUGGGAUAGGACUAAUUUUAUAUGGUCCUUUUUAAAGGCACCCAAUUUAUAAGGGGCCGUUUUUUGAUUUUUUUUUUUUUUUGAGUACUUUUCUUUUCCUGUGUUGGAAGGAAAAGAAGGUGGCUGAGGUGGUAUAAAUGGUGUACCACCCGCUCAUUAAGUAGUACUGUUUGGAGCACUUUUUUGUUACUCCUGAAUUCGGCUUUUGAAAAUGGCUGAAAUUUGUAGUUGGGUUUGUAAGCUCUAUUUUAAUACUAGUAAUGAAAUUUCCUGGUUUUAAA